AUGACCUGCAAUGCGACUCAAAUCUCCGACGAUUAUGUCUCCGACAACAGGUCCGGCGUCGGGGGCGGUAUUUCUGAUGUUUACGGUGAAGAUAGCGCCACAUUGGAUCAACUCGUCACUCCUUGGGUUACCUCCGUCGCUAGUGGUUGUACUUUGAUGCGUGAUCCUCGUUACAAUAAAGGACUUGCUUUUACUGAUAAAGAGAGAGAUGCUCAUUACUUAACUGGUCUACUUCCACCUGUGAUCUUAUCUCAAGAUGUUCAGGAGAGGAAGGUGAUGCAUAAUCUCCGUCAGUACACGGUUCCUCUGCAUCGUUACAUGGCUCUCAUGGAUCUUCAGGAGAGGAAUGAGAGGUUGUUUUACAAGCUUCUGAUCGAUAGUGUGGAGGAAUUGCUUCCUGUUGUGUACACUCCAACAGUUGGCGAGGCUUGCCAAAAGUAUGGAAGCAUUUUCAGGAGGCCACAGGGACUUUACAUCAGCUUGAAAGAGAAGGGAAAGAUUCUUGAAGUAUUGAAGAAUUGGCCACAGAGAGGGAUUCAAGUUAUUGUUGUCACCGAUGGUGAGCGUAUUCUGGGUCUUGGAGAUCUUGGUUGCCAGGGAAUGGGAAUUCCAGUUGGGAAGCUUUCUCUUUACACAGCUUUGGGAGGAAUCCGUCCAUCGGCUUGUCUUCCGAUCACCAUUGAUGUGGGUACAAACAAUGAGAAGCUCUUGAAUGAUGAGUUUUACAUUGGCCUUAAACAGAAGAGGGCAACUGGAGAGGAAUAUGCAGAGUUUCUGCAUGAGUUCAUGUGUGCUGUUAAACAGAACUAUGGAGAAAAAGUGUUGGUGCAGUUUGAAGAUUUUGCUAACCACCACGCGUUUGAGCUUCUGUCCAAGUACAGCUCCAGUCAUCUAGUUUUCAAUGAUGAUAUCCAAGGUACUGCAUCCGUGGUGCUUGCUGGGCUUAUUGCGGCUCAGAAAGUACUUGGUAAAAGCUUAUCUGACCAUACCUUUCUGUUCUUGGGUGCCGGAGAGGCUGGAACCGGAAUCGCUGAACUAAUCGCUCUUCAGAUUUCAAAAGAGACUGGAAAAUCAAUCGAUGAGACCCGGAACAAGAUUUGGCUUGUGGACUCUAAGGGACUGAUUGUUAGCACACGCAAAGAAUCACUUCAGCAUUUCAAGCAGCCAUGGGCGCAUGAGCACGAGCCUAUCAAGGAGCUCUUGGGAGCUGUUAAUGCAAUUAAGCCAACUGUGCUCAUUGGAACCUCUGGUGUGGGUAAGACUUUCACAAAGGAAGUAGUGGAGGCCAUGGCCACCUUCAACGAGAAACCCCUGAUUCUUGCUCUCUCAAACCCAACUUCUCAAGCCGAGUGCACGGCGGAAGAAGCUUACACAUGGACCAAGGGUCGUGCAAUCUUUGCAAGUGGAAGCCCCUUUGACCCUGUUGAGUAUAAUGGCAAAAAAUUCUUGCCUGGACAGGCAAACAACUGCUACAUCUUCCCGGGUCUCGGUCUUGGUUUGAUCAUGUCCGGUGCCAUUCGUGUCCGUGAUGACAUGCUUCUAGCAGCCUCCGAAGCGCUGGCCUCGCAAGUUACUGAAGAGAAUUUCGCCAAAGGACUGAUUUAUCCGCCUUUUGCAAACAUCAGAAAGAUCUCUGCUAACAUUGCAGCCAGUGUGGGAGCCAAAACUUAUGAACUCGGACUCGCAUCGAACCUCCCUCGUCCUAAGGACCUCGUCAAGAUGGCAGAGAGCUGCAUGUACAGCCCUGUCUACAGGAACUUCCGUUAA